AUGCGAAUUGUUUUUCUUGUUAUUCUGACCCUUUUAUUGAGCGAUGGAGUCUCUGCAAAUGUUCUGGGCAUUGACUUUGGAUCAGACUACAUUGAGGUUGCUGGGCCACAUAAUGGUAAUAACGUUGAUAUUGUGUUAAAUGAGCAGUCUCAUCGAAAAACGGACAACUACAUUGGGAUUAAAAAUGGAGAGAGAUAUAUUGGGGAGCAGGCGAAGGCGUUGGCGGCGCGUUUUCCUUUAAAUAUGGUAACGAUGAUUAAUCGGUUGAUAGGGAUUUUAUGUAAUUCAACCGAAUUUGCGAAUUUCCAGAAUAUGAUGUUGGAAUUUGAAACCCGCUCCGAUGAGCGGAGUACGGUUGGAUUUUCUUUUGCACAAGACGGAAAUUACACUGUGGAGGAACUAUAUGCCAUGAUGCUUCAAUAUUGCCAAAUCAUUUCAGAAAAAGAUGGCAUAGUGAAUCCCAAAAGUGUCGUUAUUACCAUACCAUUUCAUUCUUCAGUGGGAAGGCGACAGACUAUAUUGGAGGCAGCACGCUUGGUUGGAGCAAAUGUUUUGGGUUUAAUGCAUAGUACUACAGCAGCUGCUUUGUAUUACGGCAUCCGAAGACGAGGAUUGGGAAAUAAAACUAUAAACCUACUGGUGUAUGAUAUUGGAAGCACUCAUACUGAGGUUGGGAUUUAUAAAUUUUCCCCCCCACUAGUCCAACCAGGGAAAAAAAUUAGAAAUGCUGAUAGUUUCGGCACCUUAACGACAAUGGCUGUGGUGGACGAUACAACGUUGGGUGGUAGAGCAUUUGAUUUAUGUAUUGCCAAAUUGCUUGAAACUGAGGCAAUGAACAAAAUGAAAAUUCCCAAAGUUAUAGGUGGAAAAUCGAUUGCGGAGCGAAAAUCACAAUUCUCUCUUCUUCGUGCGGCAAAAAAAGCUCGAGAGAUACUUUCUGCAAAUAGCAAGACACCAGUUACUGUUGAGGGUAUAGUUCCAGAUAGAGAUUUUAAUACACAAAUAUCGAGGAAAGAUUUGGAGGAGAAGUGCUCUUACUUGUUUGAAAGGGUACCCAAAGUGGCGGAAGAAGCUGUAUCUAAAUCUGGAUUAUCUUUGAAAGAUAUUGAUGCAUUUGAGAUGAUGGGUGGUACCUCUCGCACUCCAAAAAUUAUAGCAGAACUUUCUGCUUUGUUGGGUCGAGAGGUGGAUCGAACGUUGAAUUCAGAUGAAGCGGCUGCUAUGGGUGCUGCCUAUCAUGCUCUUCGUUUAUCCUCUUUUUAUCGUGUCCGUUCUUUUCGGUUAGAAGAGCAUAUACCAUUUGUUUUUUACUUUCGCAUUACUCCUUUUGUGAAAGCGUCUGCUCCAUCACUACGUUUGCUUGCUGAAAACCCAGUUUUGGGAAUGCGGCGAAGUGUAACUCUUAACCGAACUGAAGAUUUUGUUAUUGAACUUUUUGAAUCCAACAAUUUUGUUGGAAAAAUUACUGUAAGCGGCGUGAAAACAGCAUUGGAUCAAUUGGGGUAUUUUGAACCAGCUAUUGUACAUCCUAACAACACCCAUAUUGUUCGGGUUCAAUUGCGCCUAAAUGAUUCUGGUCUUUUUGAAGUUGAGGAGGCCGAGGUGAUUUAUCGCUAUGCUGCAAAUGUCUCUAGAAAAAUUAGGGUGAAUGCAACUUCAAAUGAUUUGAAUGAUACAGACAAUACAAACACUUCUUUUCAAAGAGUCUACAAUAUUCACAUGAAGCGAAAAUCCUUACUGAUUUCAACAACAGUGAGUUUCACAAAUCCUUCACCACUGUCUGGGGAGGUUUAUCAGCAUUUAAGUGAAAAAAAUAGCUCAGAUACUUGA